AUGUCUGAUCCCGGCGUUGGCGACAGCCUAGGGGCGCGAUUAUACCAGGAAGAGUUGGCCCGACAUGCUAGGGAUCAAAACGCCAUCAUCGCUGCAGACACUGGGACAGGAAAGACUCUGAUCUCUGCCAUGGUUGCUCUCUUUCUUGUUCCCAAGGUGCCACUAGUCGACCAGCAAAGAGCGUUCCUUGAGGAAAAUACGCCGUUCAAAGUUCGCGGCUACAGCGGCGCGAUGGGCGUCGAUUACUGGGACAAGACAGCCUGGACGAAAGAGUUUAUGGGAGUCGACAUUCUCGUCAUGACUCCGCAAAUAUUCCUCAACAUCCUCAGACAUGCCCAUUGGAGUAUCGAUCGGGUCUCCAUCAUCGUGUUUGACGAGAUACACAACUGCAAAGGGAAAUCCCCCGAGGCUCUGAUCAUGAUGGAGCACUAUCACACAAUCCCCAACGGCUUACCUCGUCCAAAGAUUCUUGGACUCACCGCCAGCCCCAUCUUCAAUCCCAAGAAACCUGUCGCUGCUUUGGCUGAAAUCGAAAAGCUCACAGACUGCAAGGUGUAUGUAGUCAAGGCCCACACGGAAGACCUUGCCAAGCAUACCUUUCAAGCUGAAGACAUGAUCGUCGAUUAUCCUCCCACUCCCUCCAUCUUCCCUCGCUAUCCAGUAGUAUCGCUCUGGGUUGAGCUCACAAUGACAAGGCUCCUCCCCGACUUUACUUUGUUUCCGGGAAAGCCUAAAGACACGAUGAGCGGCAACCGAGGUGGCCCCUGGUUUACAACCCUCGAGAAUCGGUACAACACCACCCGUAAAGCUCUCGGCCCGUUCGGCGCAGAUCUCUUCGUUUAUGUUCACGUGUUCACAGCACUGGAGACGAUAAAAAAAGAUCUCCUUCCGAUCUUCACAGAUAGACCGGAUCCAGAUGCAGAGAAACGAAGCCAUUUAGAUGAUCUCUAUGAGAUUCUUGCGAAGCACGAACACCGGCUCUUGACUAGUCACGAACUGCUUUCAGAAGAGUGGCUCUCCCCGAAACUACUACGCUUGCGAGAGCUACUCCUUAAACAGGACAGUACCUCGUUCCGCGGCAUCAUCUUCACAUACGAACGUCAGAUUGCCACCACGCUUUCUCUCAUGUUCCCGCGACUCGGCAUCCCAGGUGUUCGUGCAGGCCCUAUUGUCGGUCAUGGCUUACACGCUUGCUCCGUGCCCGAAAUUUUGGGCAUGAAGGGUAUGCCCUUCAAAACACAGGAUAAAGUCGUGGCGGACUUCCGCAUGGGAGGGCUCAAUCUGAUCAUUGCAACAUCUGUGGCAGAGGAAGGUCUGGAUUUUCCUCUGUGUUCUUUUGUUUGCAGGUUUGAUCCGCCGAGGACUUUGCCUCAGUACAUCCAGAGCCGAGGUCGUGCUAGGAUGGCUGGAUCGACUUUCGUCAUCAUGCUCGAAGAGGGACCAUCUAAGGAGCGAGAAACAGUGGAAGCUCUCCAAGUUGGGGAAAUCCGCGCCAAGACAAUGUAUGGGAGCAACAUGGAUCGAGAGGACGACGAAGUCGAGUUGGAUGAGAAUACCCCCAAGGAUGAUGGACUGGAAGGUCGAUUCAUCGUAGAGAAGACAGGCGCCUCACUAACUCCUGCGGGCUCCAUUUCCCUCCUCAACAACCUCUGUUCACUUAUUCCCCGUGACGAUCAUACACGGUCACUACAGCCAGUCUACGAAACUGAUCCGGUAACAUUUCGGACCAUAAAUCGACUGCCGCCAGCGUUACCCAUACCCCGCGAAGAUCUCCUGUUCGUCUCUGACCCAUUCUGUCGCACCAAAAAGGCGGCCAAGCGCAACGCUGCUUUCAAGGCAGUGCUUAGGCUCUACGAACUAGGGGUCUUUGACGACUUCCUCUUACCUAUACGGCGCGAAAAAGGCGAUACGGCGGAGGACAUCGACGGGAAGCCACCGGUCGAUGUGACGGGGAUAGUUCCCAUGAUGGAUGUCCUCGUGCAUGAUCCAUGGGGUGAUAUGUGGAGAGAAAGCUCCCCUAUAUAUGUCCACCAACUCGCCCUCUCAGACCGGAAAGGCAGAAUGGGGCUAGUCUGCGGGAACCGCCUAAUGCCCUUCGAUGGCUACAUGACGGCUCUCAAACAAGAAGUACAUGUGAGAUUGGAGAAGGGAGUGAUGCUGGAACUGGAACCAGAGGUCAGGCAGCAACAACUGGCUCUCAUGGACUCGUUCAUGAAGAUUGGGAUCAAGGCAGCAAUUACCCGUCGAGGGUUGACCAAUCGAUCAGCAGUAUUUCUUGUCCCUCUGGACUCGUCCGGGCAGCCUGAUUGGGACGAGAUCGAGCACUGCGUAUACACCCCUUCUUCCACCGAUUGGAGGGCGGUAGACUUGUCCGGUAAAUCUGAUGUUUUCGUCUCUUUACUGAGUCAAGGCGGCAUCUCGAAGUUUGUUGCGUGUCGGCCAGACUUGAAUGUCACCGAAUGCAUCGAGGCAGAUGCACACCUGGCAAAAUACGUCGCUUCUUUAGCCAAGUUUGGGCGAACGAUAUCAGAGGACGAUACCGUCCUUCAAUGUCGACCAAUAUUCUCAAUAACCUCGACAGAGUUCCGGGACCCAGCGCGUCAAAAGCCUGGAAUACUUUCUGACACAGACGUGUUCAUACCCCAAUCGGUCUGUCAGUGGCUAAACCUCGAUGAAGAUCGAUUGCGGUGGUUCUCCUCAUUACCGCCUCUAUUCCAUCUCCUCUCGAGCGUCUAUCGUGCAAGGUUGUUGCAUUCCCGUCUUGGUGUCCCGGAAUUGGAUCUUGAUCGGACUAUCGAAGCACUUACUAUACCACAAGCGUGUGCGAGCUUCAAUAAUCAACGCUUGGAGACGCUCGGCGACUCCUUCCUCAAAGUUGCCACCACGAUCCACGUUCUAAACAAGUUCCCUCACAAGCACGAAGGACAGCUCACCUCGCUUCGACAAAACUCGGUAUGCAAUCGCUAUCUGCUGGGAAGAGGUCACGCUCAGAACCUCGUGAGCUUCAUGAACAUCGAGCCCAACUCGCAAAGUCGCUGGAGGAUCACGCCAGUGUCUACCAAAUACAUCAACAGUAGAUCAUUUGUCGAGAGAGUGAUCCCGCGUCGGAGUGUACAGGAUUGUAUGGAGGCGCUGCUCGGUGUCGCUUGGCUCUCUGGAGGUGACAAAGCCGGGCUAAGGGUUGGUACCAGGCUUGGAUUGUGUUUUGGUGGCACGGUGCCUUGGGCGGAGAGGUAUCCAAAGGUUGAGCUGGCUUUUAGCAGUUCAUCUCCUUUCCCACCCCUCGAGGAGAACCUUGGUUAUACCUUCAAGGAUAAAUCUCUUCUCGUGGAAGCGCUCACUCAUCCGUCGUUUGUGAGCGGAAGUGCGUCGUACCAGCGACUAGAGUUCCUGGGAGAUGCUGUACUUGAUUUGGUUACAGUGGAGCACUUCUUCCACCUGUAUCCCAAUGCUACCUCUGGCAAGCUAACGAGGGCGCGUGCCCGCUGCGUCUGUAACUCAACACUCUCAGCACUUGGUACCAAGAAAUUGGAGAUACACAAGGCCAUGUUUUGUGAUGCCAUCUCGUUGGUAGCCGCCGCCAACAAGACUGCGCGCAUGUUCAAUUCUAUGGACUUUACCCAGGUAAUCGACAAUAUCUGGAGACUCGACGCACCAAAGGCCCUCGGUGACAUGGUCGAAGCACUGAUUGGUGCGGUAUUCGUUGACUCCGGGUGGAAUUACAACAUUGUGAAGGAUGUCGUUAUCCGCCUAUUCAAGGAGGUUCUUGACUAUAUUCAUCCGGAUAUGCCGCUUGACCCAACUAGUGAGUUCAUGAUCUGGGUCGCCAAGCACGGAUGUACCCAGGCGAGAUAUAGGAAAGCGUCUUCAAGUGAAAAGGUUGAGCCCUGGAAGGAUCAGGUGUUCGUUACAAUCCACGGCAUUGAUGUGGGUCCGCCAGGGAGCAUCCAGCCAAAGACAUCUCCGGUACUCGCGCGUGCCGAAGCCUCUGUGAGUGCCAGAAAGCUGCUGGAGGAUCCGAUGUCAGAGUUCUUCUUCGAAAAGCUGUGCACCUGCUCAGCAGAGGAGAAGAAGCAGGGUGCCGAAGUCUAUCAAGCUGCCGUGGAUGUCGUGACCGAUGAGGGUGAUCUCAACCCGGAGACAGUUGAGGGCUUCGCGAUAUCUGCACAGGAUCAGCUGCUCAGAGAGUACGUUGCUCCCACCGUUACCACUGAAGAUCAGGAGGAGAGAACGGAGUGGGUGCAUGCUAUACUGUGA